AUGACCAUAGCAGGCUCGCCAGAUGCAACAACAAGUUCCGUCGCAAGUCCUACGCCGUCUGAAGUGUCUAUUGCCUACGCUACCAUCAACAAGCAACCGCCAGCGCCUUGUAUGGACUUGCAGGUCAUACUUGUCGAGCUGAGGGCGGUCCGUGCGGAGAUACAGGUGUUCAGAAAAGAAAUGGCUGAACUAAAGACCACCUUAAACUCUUGCAGCACGCGCAUUGACGGCUUGGAAACAAGGGUGGAUGCCCUUGAAAAGCUCGCCACCUCUAGCUCCUCGAACUCGAACGUGGAUGGGAUAGUGGAGGACCUAAUGCGAGAGCUCAACGACAGAGAUCAGGAUCUGCUCGCCAACGACAUCGAGGUGUCUAACCUACCGGAGGGAAAGGCGGAAAACCCUGCCCAUAUAUUUAAGGUCAUCGGCCACAAGCUCGGGAUCAGCCUAGACGACCGCGAUAUUGUUAGUGCAGAGCGCGUCGGUGAGAGGCAGCUGAACGUGACUAAUUCAGCGGGUCUAGCUGAAUCUCGUCCACGGCCAAUCGUCGUGCGCCUCGCUCGCCGGGACCUGCGCGACCAGCUUCUAGACAGCGCGCGAGCCCGGCGCGGGGCGACCACUGCAGACCUCGACUUGCCCGCACCAGUGCAGCGGUUCUUCCUGAACGAGCGGUUGACGAAACCCAACCGCUUGUUAUUUCGUAAGGCGCGUGACGCCGCGAAUGCUCUCGGUUGGAAGUUCGUCUGGACCAAGCGGGACCGCAUCCUCGUCAGGAAGGCUCCGGGUGACAAGGCGCAGAGGAUUCGCACAGAGGAUUCGCACAGAGGAGGACUUAUCCCGCGUUUUUGGCACUGGAAAUGA